GAAAUGCAGAGGCUGCAGCGGCGGCGGCGGCAGCAGUAGCGGCAGCGGCGACGGCGGCGGCGGCAGCGCUCCAACUCGCUCCACGCUCCGGGCUCCGCCGUCGAGCCGGGAGAGAGCCUUUGCUGAGCGGCCAGCCACAGGGCCGGACGACGCCAGCCACCCGGGCCCUUCGGAGGCACCGCGCUCACCCAGGGCCGGCACAGGCACCCAAAGUCGAACUCCACGAUGGGAGGCAAGCUGAGCAAGAAGAAGAAGGGCUACAAUGUGAACGACGAGAAAGCCAAGGACAAAGACAAGAAGGCUGAAGGCGCGGGCACCGAGGAGGAGGGGACCCAGAAGGAGAGCGAGCCCCAGGCGGCUGCCGACGCCACCGAGGUCAAGGAGAGUGCCGAGGAGAAGCCCAAGGACGCGGCGGACGGCGAGGCCAAGGCCGAGGAGAAGAAGGAGGGCGACAAGGCAGCGGCCAAGGAGGAGGCGCCCAAGGCCGAGCCCGAGAAGAGCGAGGGCGCCGCGGAGGAGCAGCCCGAGCCCGCGCCGGCCCCCGAGCAGGAGGCGGCCGCGCCCGGGCCCGCUGCGGGCGGCGAGGUCCCCAAGGCCGGCGACGCCGGGGGCGCCGAGAGCACGGGCGAGGGCGCGGCCAAGGAGGAGGGCGAGGCCAAAAAGACUGAGGCUCCCGCCGCCGCCGCCGCCGCCGAGACGAAAAGCGACGCGGCCCCGGCGGCUUCAGACUCUAAACCCAGCAGCGCCGAGCCCGCGCCCUCGUCCAAGGAGGCGCCCGCCGCCUCGGAGGCGCCCAGUUCCACAGCCAAGGCCCCCGCGCCCGCCGCGCCCGCCGCCGCCGCCGCCGCCGCCGCCGCCGCCGCCGAGCCCCAGGCCGAGGCGCCCGGCGCCAGCUCUGAGCAAAGCGUGGCCGUCAAAGAGUAACCGGGACAGCCUAGCCAGAACCGACGCCACUUGCAAACGACCUGUCUCACGCUCUCUCUGUCUCUCACUCUGUCCUCUCUCUGUCUCUCUAUCCUAUACUAACUUGUUUCAAAUUGGAAGUAAGGAUAUGUAUUGCCCAAGGGAUUAAAAAAAAAAAAAAGAAGAAGAAGAAAAAGAAAAGAGGAUGUGUCCCAUUAGGGGAGGGAGGGGGCGGGGAGAAUCCAAAUAGUAUUUUUGUGGGGGAAAUAUCUAAUAUACCUUCAGUCAACUUGACCAGUCAGUCCUGGAUUUUAGAGAUCAUUGUCUGAAAGUACAUCAUCUGUACCUGAACCGCUGUCCCGUAUACGCCAUCGAUAAAAAAACCCCCAGCAUCUCUCUUGCGGUGCAGUUGGGGAGGGAAGCGUUUGAUUCUGCCCGCAGGGCCAGUGCCAAGGCAAUCAGAUCUUUAUGAAAGCAGUAUUUUCUGUGUUUCCUUUUUAAUUUACAGCCUUUUCUUAUUUUGGUAUUUUUUUAACGUUGUGGAUGAAUGCCAACUUUCAGACGGAGCCCACUUAGCUUGUCCACAUGUAUCUCCAUGCCAGCCCUCCAUUCUUCCUCUCCAGAUAUUUUUGGGAGUAACAAACAUUCUCUCAUCAUACUUAGCCUACCUAGAUUUCUCAUGACGAGUUAAUGCAUGUCCGUGGUUGGGUGCACCUGUAGUUCUGUUUAUUGGUCAGUGGAAAUGAAAAAAAAAAAAAAAAAAGUCUGCCUUCAUUGCAGUUCCAGUUUUCUUCCGUCUGUGUCACAGACACCAACACACCACCCAUUGGAAAAUGGAAAAUAAAAAUAAAAAAUAAAAAUAAAAAAUGUACAAUGGAUGCAUUGAAAUUAUAUGUAAUUGUAUAAAUGGUGCAACAGUAAUAAAGUUAAACAAUUAAAAAGUAGUAAA